GCCAGACCCCGGGCUUAGCGGGCAGGAGGUGGGUGGGGCAAGGAUGCGGCGCCGGCCAGAGUUUGGGAGGGCCUGGCUGCCACGGAGCGAACCCUCCCCCUUCUCGGACUGAAGCCUUAAAUGCUGGCUCGGCCCGGGACUCGGGGUGCGGCGCCCUGCAGCCUGAGGGAGGGGCGUGCGGUGCAGGGAGAGCAGGCGGAGCCGGGCGCGGGUGCAGCAGCUGCAGGAGCGCGGCCCAAGCUAGGAGCUGUCCGAGCUAUCGGGAUAGGAGCGCAGCCGGGCUCGGUGCUUGGAAGUGGUACCAUCAUGUUUGAAAUUAAGAAGAUCUGUUGCAUCGGUGCUGGCUAUGUUGGAGGACCCACAUGUAGUGUCAUUGCUCAUAUGUGCCCUGAAAUCAGGGUAACAGUUGUUGAUGUCAAUGAAUCAAGAAUCAAUGCAUGGAACUCUCCUACACUUCCUAUUUAUGAGCCAGGACUAAAAGAAGUGGUAGAAUCCUGCCGAGGAAAAAACUUAUUUUUUUCUACCAAUAUUGAUGAUGCCAUUAAAGAAGCUGACCUUGUGUUUAUUUCUGUGAACACUCCAACAAAAACCUAUGGAAUGGGCAAAGGCCGUGCAGCAGAUCUGAAGUAUAUUGAAGCUUGUGCUAGACGCAUUGUGCAAAAUUCCCAUGGGUACAAAAUUGUAACCGAGAAAAGCACAGUUCCAGUGCGGGCAGCAGAAAGUAUUCGUCGAAUAUUUGAUGCAAAUACAAAACCCAAUUUGAAUUUACAGGUGCUGUCCAACCCUGAGUUCUUAGCAGAAGGAACAGCCAUCAAGGACUUAAAGAAUCCCGACAGAGUACUGAUUGGAGGAGAUGAAACCCCUGAGGGUCAGAAGGCUGUGCAGGCACUGUGUGCUGUAUAUGAGCACUGGGUUCCCAGAGACAAGAUUCUCACCACUAACACUUGGUCUUCAGAACUUUCCAAACUGGCUGCAAAUGCUUUCCUUGCUCAGAGAAUCAGCAGCAUUAACUCUAUAAGUGCCCUCUGUGAGGCAACAGGAGCUGAUGUAGAAGAGGUGGCAACAGCCAUUGGAAUGGACCAGAGAAUUGGAAAUAAGUUUCUGAAAGCCAGUGUUGGUUUUGGUGGGAGCUGCUUUCAAAAAGAUGUUCUGAACUUGGUCUAUCUCUGUGAGGCUCUGAAUUUGCCUGAAGUAGCUCGUUAUUGGCAGCAGGUCAUAGAUAUGAAUGACUACCAGAGACGGAGGUUUGCUUCCCGGAUUAUAGACAGUCUGUUUAAUACAGUGACGGAUAAGAAGAUAGCUAUUUUGGGGUUUGCAUUCAAAAAGGACACUGGUGAUACAAGAGAAUCUUCUAGUAUAUAUAUUAGCAAAUAUUUGAUGGAUGAAGGUGCACACCUCCAUAUAUAUGAUCCAAAAGUACCAAGGGAACAAAUAGUCGUGGAUCUUUCUCAUCCAGGAGUUUCAGAGGAUAACCAAGUGUCCCGACUUGUCACCAUUUCCAAGGAUCCAUAUGAAGCAUGUGAUGGUGCCCAUGCAGUUGUUAUUUGCACCGAGUGGGACAUGUUUAAGGAACUGGAUUAUGAGCGGAUUCAUAAAAAAAUGCUGAAGCCCGCCUUUAUCUUUGACGGACGACGUGUCCUGGAUGGGCUCCAUCAUGAACUUCAGACCAUUGGCUUCCAGAUCGAAACAAUUGGCAAAAAGGUGUCUUCAAAGAGAAUUCCAUAUGCUCCUUCCGGUGAAAUUCCGAAGUUUAGUCUUCAGGAUCCGCCAAACAAGAAACCCAGAGUAUAAACAUUGCUAUUUUUAUUUGUAAUUUUUUUUUUUUGGUAAUUCAGGAUAGUAAAUAUCUGAUAUGAAGUGACAAAUGAACCAAGUGUUUUUAAGGAAACAAAACUAUUUUUUUAAUAAUCCAGUUUAUACUAGCUAUAUGGGAGUUAGCAUAUCUGGUAAUUAUGAAUCUAGAGUAUUUUUUACAUAUUUUUAUAAUAUUGUUACCUCAGUGAUUGAAUGAAUGAUAAUCAUGUUAAUUUUAAUGGUGUUGGUUUUUGUAAAACAAAAAUUAAGUUUUGAACACUUUUUACUUUACAAAAUGUCCUUAGACACAUUAUAAAGUAUAAAGGGAAAGGCAGUCUUUAGUUUUUCUGAUCAUUGGUUUAUUUACUUGUCAUUAAAUAUAUAUAUUUUAAACCAUGAAAUUGCUAUGCUAACUAGUGGGCUAAAGCUGUUAAUCUUUCAGAGAGUGUUUUGGAGACUUAGAGGUUUCUGGCUUAAUGAGUAAGGUUUUUCCAAGCCAUUUCUUGUCUCUGGACUUAGAAGGUGGAUGAGGCCUUUUGUGCCUUUUUGGUGUAUAUGCUCAGAAGAUUUUCCCUAUGCUUCCAUGUUAAAAGUAACCUUACAAGUAUGGUUUGGUUAAUGUUCCUUUUGUUUUAAUGAGCUACCUUGCUGGUUUUAGGCCCCUCAAAUCAUCUCUAAAUAUUUCUAAUCAGUCUAAAUAUGAGCAAAAGUCAUUUUUUUUAACAUGAAGAGAAAAUCAGCAUGGGAUAUUUCAGUCUUUUACUUCUUACCCUCACUAGUCAUUUUUUAGUCCAAGAGCCAAAAAUAUUUGUUACCAUGACUUUGCAUUUUUAUUUUCAUUAUUCAUUGCAAUUUUUCCCUUUUUAUUUCAGAAAAAUCAUUAUAAUAAGUAUAAUCUCAUCUAUAAAUGUAAAGGUUUCAUAAUUACAUAUAGCAUAUUUCUAAAAUAAGAAUUUUUUGUCUGUAUUUCCAUAUGCCUUUUUGUAUGUCUCUUGCUGACUUGAUUGUUUUCUCUUGUGUUUUAUCAUUAUUGGAAUAUGAUGUAUGUUCAUUUGCUUUUUAUGCUCUGCUAAGGGUGUACAAACUGAGCUAAACAGACAUAGGCCUCAUCCUUUAGGAACUUUGUGGUUCAGUAAGAAUACCAAGAUCAAUAUGAGGACAGAGAUAUCUGUACAGAUAUCAAAUACAUAAAUAAAAUACUCUGCAUAAACAACUGUGUGGGUGUAUUUUUUGUAAGCGUAC